CCUCCCCUGGACCAGCUGUUCUUACGGCAUGUUACUCUCUUGGCUUUUGUCAGCCCAGGCUGAUUUGCGGAGGAGGAAGGGGGGAUACGCUGUUCACGGUGAUGGGGUGUAUGGGCCCCUCACUGAUCCAGUAUUGGACUAGGGGUGCCCUGCCCCUCAACAGGUGCAGGGCCUGCUCCCAGCGGAGGAAGAAUUUAAAAGGACACCGGUAGCCGAGGGGAAGGGGGAAUGAACUGCAUGUGGCACCAGGCUACAAGGCUGGUGCUGAGAGCAGGGACGUGGAUUCCUCCCCACCCCCACCCCUUUGGGAGAUGAAAGCCUGAGAGAGAUGGACUGACUGAACUGGACACAGAGACAGAGGGAAAUCUGCUAAGCCAGCGACCGUGCCCCAGACUGAGGAGCUCCAGAUGGGUAGGAGGCUGGACUCACACCUUGCUAAAUUCCGGCACCAGCCACAAGCCUUGGGGGAGCUGAAGGGAAUGAAACUGCUGGCUGCCUGCUUCAUGUACCUGCAGCUCACCUGUCUGGCCCUGCCCAAAGCCGAAUGCCGACUCCACGAGCGAGCCAUGGAAAUCAGGAACCCUGAUAUCGACCCUUCCUGGUACACGGGGCGUGGGAUCAGCCCCGUGGGAUGGUUUGGCCGGAGGAGAGCUGUCGUGGAGAGCUCCCGGAAGUCGGGCUAUGGACACAGGCAAGCUUGCUUCCCUCUAGAAGAAAGCAGUGAAUCCCUUCAAGAUGAAUGAAAUGGCCAAGACAAAGAAUGAAUUUGAAUGAUGAUAAGAAAAGACCCUUCUCCUCUCUCCCUUCCACAUCCCAGCCUCUCUUCUAGGCACAUGAAAAUGUUUGGUCUCAUUUCAAUGUACAGUAUCUUUGUGGCUAUAAAUGAUAGAAACCAAAGAGCAGUUGAUAACUCCAGUAUUUUUGCAGACAAUUUCCCUCUUGUCUGUUUUUCCUUUUUCUCUCCCCUGUUCCCCAUUUGUCCCCAUCUCUGGCUUUUGCUCUUAAAUCUAACAUGAUUUGUGCCAGAAAAUUGCUGGGGGAAAGAAAUACAAAUUCCCAUGUUAAUUAUCUUCCUAGAACAUGGGCUCUUUUAUACAAACCAAAAAAAUAAUUUAAAAAAUUGAGAAACCGAGCCCGGCACGUGUCUGCUGUGACUUGAAACGUAUCAGACUUGUCUCAACUCUCCUGGGCCGUAGGAUCUUUAGAACCGAGUGGCGUCACUUUCCCCUGAGAUUGAGUCUCUCUUCCUGAACAAUUUCUCUUCCACACAAUAAAGUCUUUUGACGU